CCAAGGCAUCGGGGAUGAGACCACGGCGUGAUGCGGUCUGGAACGAGAGCUGCCGUCCAUCGCCUGGUAAAGCGCGGUGAACCCUUUACACGUUCUACUGUGGUAGGCUUGUCUUCCAUUCGGAGGGCAGCAACUCGUGCUCCUACCCGACCAGAAGUCCAGAACCCAAUGUCCUCAACAUGAUCAUCCGGCAAGCAACCGAGGCCGAUCUGGAGACCAUGACCAUGGUCCUGGUCGGCGCCUCACCGCUGGACCCGCCCUACCCCUACCGCUGUCCGGACGGACCGGACCGGCACCUGUUCCCGGACAAGCUUGCCGCGCUCUGCAGGCAGAAGUGCGCCGAAUACCUGGAGAGCAGCACCGUGGUCGUCUGUGAGAUGCCCACCGACGCCUACGGAUCCGCAACGCAGAUCGUUGCCUCCAGCGCCUGGGCCUUGCCGUCGGCCGCGCAGCCAAUCCGCCCACGACGCGCCAGCACAGUCGGUCCAUGAAUUACCUACGUGACGUCAUCCUCGCACACUUCCCUCUGUGUACCCUUCACGCACCCCAGUUCUACCCAGCUUGGGGAUGCAAA